GGGUUUAUUAAGAAAGUAGACGAUACACGCCUGCCCCUGGAGAAGGACAGAAGUAGCAGAGAGUAGAACUCUCUAUAGAGGAAACUGUUUUUUUUGUUCUUUUGCUUGUCUACACCAAAAAACGAUAUUUGCAGAUCGCUAAAGAAGACGUGAAGAAAUGGAGCGUUUUUGUGGAUCAGAGUUCUGGAAUGACAAUUUGACUCUCUACACCGACAGUCCUGAUCUAACGCCAUGCUUUCAGAACACGGUGUUGGUAUGGAUCCCCUGCAUCUUCCUGUGGGCCGCCUUUCCUUUCUACCUCUUCUAUCUCAAGCAAAACAACAAGGGCUACAUCGUGAUGUCCAUUCUCAACAAGGUCAAAACAUUUUUUGGUGUUCUUCUCUGGCUGAUCUGCUGGCUAGACCUCUUCUACGAACUCGGCAACAGCAGAGUUCAGCAUCCUGUUAACAUCGUCACGCCACUCAUUCUUGGAAUCACCAUGUUAUUAGCCACAGUGCUGAUUCAGUACGAACGACUGAGAGGAGUCCAGUCCUCGGGGUUGCUCUUCAUCUUCUGGCUGUUAGCGUUGCUCUGCACGAUCGUGCCUUUCCGAUCCAGGAUCCUAGAAGCAAUAGACAAGGGAGUUACUGAUCAGCUACGAUUUACCACCUUCUAUAUUUACUUUGGGCUGCUGCUCUUCCAGCUGAUCCUCUCUUGCUUUAAUGAGAAGCCUCCGUUGUUCUCCAGCAUUGUCACAGAUCCAAAUCCUUGCCCCGAGUCCACUGCUGGAUUCCUCUCCACAAUGACAUUCUGGUGGUUUACUAGUAUGGCUAUCAAGGGGUACAGAAAUCCACUAGAAGAUAAGGAUCUCUGGUCUUUGAAGAAGAAAGACACCUCAGAAAUAGUUGUGCCAAUACUCCUUAAAAAUUGGGAGACAGAAAAAGCUAAAGUACAAAGAAAGAACCAGGCCGUAUACUCCACAUCCUCCAACAAAGUUGGGAACCAUGUAGACGGAGGGACUGAGGAAGCCGGAGUGUUGCUUUUGGGGAAGAAUGAUACGAAGCAGCCGUCCUUCCUGAAAGCCUUGCUGAAAGCCUAUGGCUCCUACUUUUUAAUUGGCUCUGCAUACAAACUUAUGCAGGACCUGAUAUCCUUUGUGAACCCACAGCUUCUGAACUUGUUGAUUAACUUCACGUUGCAGAAGGAUGCCCCCUCCUGGUGGGGCUUUGCCUUGGCGUUUUUGAUGUUCUUCUGUGCGCUGCUGCAGACCAUCAUCCUCCACCAGCACUUUCAGUACUGCUUUGUGACUGGAAUGAGACUACGCACUGCUAUCAUAGGGGCUAUAUACAGAAAGUCUCUGGUGAUCACGACUUCAGCCAAGCGCUCAUCCACAGUGGGAGAGAUUGUGAACCUGAUGUCUGUCGAUGCCCAGCGCUUUAUGGAUCUCACCACCUUCCUCAACUUGCUCUGGUCAGCCCCACUCCAAAUCAUCUUAGCCUUAUACUUUCUCUGGCAGAAUCUGGGUCCCUCUGUCCUUGCUGGUGUUGCAGUGAUGGUUCUUCUGAUCCCUUUGAAUGCAGCCAUUGCCAUGAAGACCAGGGCUUUUCAGGUGGAACAGAUGCAGUACAAAGACGCCCGUAUCAAACUGAUGAGCGAGAUUCUCAAUGGCAUCAAGGUCUUAAAGCUGUAUGCCUGGGAGAAUUCGUUUAAGGAGAAGGUCCUGCAGAUCCGAGAGAACGAGCUGAAAGUGCUGAGGAAAUCUGCCUAUUUUGGGGCCGUGUCUAUCUUCGCCUGGACCAGCGCCCCAUUCCUGGUUGCCUUGACAACAUUUGCUGUGUACGUCACAGUGGAUGAAAAAAACAUACUCGACGCCAAGAAGGCCUUUGUCUCCUUGUCAUUGUUCAACAUCCUGAGGUUCCCUUUGAACAUGCUUCCUCAGGUCAUCAGCAGUCUUGUGCAGGCUAGCGUCUCCCUGAAGCGCAUUCAGAGUUUCCUGAGUCAUGAUGAGUUGGACCCUGACAGUGUUGACAAAAAAAACAUAGCCUCAGGCUGUGUCGUCACUGUAGUGAAUGGAAAAUUCAGUUGGGCAAAGUCCGACCCUGCAACUCUCCACAGUAUCAACCUAAUGGUGCCUCAUGGGUCUCUGCUGGCUGUGGUGGGGCAUGUGGGCUGUGGAAAGUCCUCUCUGGUCUCUGCUCUCCUGGGGGAAAUGGAGAAGCUGGAAGGGGAGAUUUCAAUCAGGGGUUCAGUGGCCUACGUGUCCCAGCAGGCCUGGAUUCAGAAUGCCACUCUGAGAGACAACAUUCUGUUUGGCAAGCCUUACAACGCAGAGAAGUACAGCAGUAUCCUGGAAGCCUGCGCCCUCCUCACAGACCUGGAGGUGCUACCCGGGGGGGACCAGACUGUAGGAGAGAAGGGUAUUAACCUAUCCGGGGGUCAGAAGCAGCGGGUCAGCAUUGCCAGGGCUCUCUACAGUGAAGCAGAUGUCUACUUGCUCGAUGACCCUCUGUCUGCAGUGGAUGCGCAUGUAGCAAAACAUAUCUUUGACAAAGUCAUUGGUCCGGAGGGGUUACUUAAAGACAAAACUCGAAUCCUGGUGACACACAGCAUCACCUUCCUGCCGCAGGUAGACAACAUUGUGGUGUUAGUGGGUGGGAGGGUGUCCGAGAUGGGGUCCUACCAGGAGCUGCUGACACAAAAUGGUGCCUUUGCAGAAUUCCUCCGAAAUUACGCGCUCGAGGACAUUGUUGAGGAAGACGAGGCUACAGAGCUGGAGGAAGAAGAGGAUUUCCUCAACGACACCUUGAGUAACCACAUCGACAUGGUAGAUAACGAGCCAGUAGCGAACGAAGCUCGCAAGCAGUUCAUUAGGCAAAUUAGUGUCAUUUCAGCGGACCUGGAGAACCCCAAAAAAAUGUCAACACGAAAGAGAAAGUGCAGCGAAAGGAAAGCACCUGACCACCCACCUGACAAGAAAUCAUCAGCUCAGAAACUCAUUCACGUAGAGACCACAGAGACUGGGAGAGUGAAACUGCAGGUGUUUUGGGAGUACAUGAAAGCAGUGGGCCCUGUUGUGUGCUUGUUCAUAUGUUUCCUGUACUGCUGUCAGAAUGCAGCUGCUACAGGGGCCAACGUAUGGCUCAGUGAGUGGACGAACGACGCUGUUGUUAACGGAACUCAAACAGAAACAAGCAUGAGGCUUGGGGUGUAUGCAGCACUGGGCCUAACUCAAGGCGUCCUGGUAAUGAUUUCGUCCUUUACUCUGGCACUGGGUGGCAUUGGUGCUGCCAGAACACUCCACUCAGCCCUGCUGGAGAAUAAGUUCUGCACGCCACAGGCUUUCUUUGACACCACCCCCUUAGGCCGCAUAAUCAAUCGCUUCUCCAAGGACAUUUAUGUGAUUGAUGAGGUCAUCCCGCCCACCAUCCUCAUGUUCUUGUCGACAUUUUUUGGCUCCUUUACCACCAUAAUUGUUAUCAUUGCCAGCACCCCUCUCUUUGCUGUGAUCAUUGUGCCCCUGGCAAUUGCAUACUUCUUUGUGCAGCGGUUUUAUGUGGCAACAUCUCGUCAGCUUAAGCGCCUGGAGUCUGUCAGCAGGUCUCCUAUAUACUCACACUUUUCAGAAACAAUCACAGGUACCAGUGUGAUUCGUGCAUACGGACGACAAAAUGCUUUUGUUCUUAUAAGUGACAAGAAAGUGGAUGAGAACCAGAAAAGUUACUACCCUGGUAUUGUUUCCAAUAGGUGGCUUGGCGUUCGAAUUGAAUUCAUUGGAAACUGCAUUGUCCUGUUUGCUGCCCUGUUCGCAGUGAUUGGGAGGAGCAAGCUGACCCCAGGCCUAGUUGGACUCUCUGUAUCUUACGCAUUGCAGGUCACAAUGUCUUUGAACUGGAUGGUCCGGAUGACCUCUGACCUGGAGAGCAACAUUGUGGCGGUGGAAAGAGUGAAGGAGUAUUCUGAAACUGAGACUGAGGCACCCUGGAUAGUCCCAGACAAAAGGCCUCCAGAGGACUGGCCCACCCAGGGGAAGGUGGAGUUCAAUGAUUACAGUGUGAGGUACAGGGAGGGACUGGACCUGGUACUGAAGAACCUGACUCUACAGGUGAAAGGAGGAGAGAAGAUUGGCAUUGUGGGGAGGACCGGAGCUGGCAAGUCGUCCAUGACUCUGUGCCUCUUCAGGAUCCUGGAAGCUGCAGCAGGAGAGAUCACUAUAGAUGGGGUGAAGAUUUCAGAGAUCGGUCUCCAUGACCUGAGAUCCAAGCUCACCAUCAUUCCUCAGGACCCUGUGCUGUUUUCUGGAACCCUGCGCAUGAACCUUGACCCGUUUGAGAAAUAUGCAGAUGAAGACAUCUGGAAAGUGCUUGAGCUUUCUCACUUGAAUAGGUUUGUCAGCAGUCAACCCGCUGGGAUAAACCACGAGUGCUCUGAAGGUGGAGAAAAUCUCAGUGUUGGACAGAGACAACUUGUAUGUCUUGCCAGAGCCCUGCUGAGGAAAACUCGAAUUCUGGUCCUGGAUGAAGCUACUGCUGCUAUAGAUCUGGAGACAGAUGAUCUGAUCCAGUCUACCAUCAGAACCCAGUUUGAAGACUGUACAGUCUUCACUAUAGCACAUAGGCUUAAUACUAUAUUGGACUACACAAGGGUUCUUGUUUUGGACAAGGGACAAAUAGCUGAAUUUGACACACCGACAAACCUUAUAGCAAAGAAAGGAAUUUUCUACGGUAUGGCCAAAGAUGCUGGACUGGCCUAAAACCAUUUGCUACAAAUUGCAGUGUCUUUUCCACUGUUAAGAGACAAUGCAGUGAAGGUAUAUUGUCAUGAUGUAUGUUUUUUGAGGAUUACUCUGCACACAUCAGGUUUCGUAUAGAUGCAAGUAUGACCAGCAACCAAAUUUAUUACAACUUAAAUAUUUUUUCUAUAUAUUUUUCUACUGUAUUUAAGUUUAACUUUUUUUUACAAAUGCAUAUACAUACAUACAGUAGAGUCAAUUAUCUGAACUAAUUGGGACCGAUACUAGUUUGCAUAAUUGAUUUGAAUGGAUACUCUAACAGGUAUUAAUAACAAUUACUGUACCUUUAAUAAUGUAUAGAUUAAAAUUAACACGCAGUGGCGGCAUUUGCCCCAUGGGGGCCCCAUCCAACACUUGAUUCUGGAGCCCCUACCAGGGCAGGGCUGCCAGACCAGUAUAUUUGAAACAAUUCCAAGAUGCAGAAUAACAGUUAUUAGCGGCUAUUCAAAAUAAACACACUGUUUAUUAGGUAUAUGAAAGCUUUUGUUGUAUAUUGCAACUGAUUAUUUUGAGUAAAUUUACAAACAACUGAUUUUAAACUUUGAACAAACAAAGGAAGCUUGUUUAUUGCAGCUUUCAACAUACAAGACAUGCUUUUGUGCUUAUACAAAAUCUGUCAUCACUUACAAUAUAUUAUUAAGCAUUCAUUUGACAUAUUUAGGGUUUCCAAUCAUCAAAAUACAAUGACCAAGAAAGUUUCCAUUUUGUGGAUCGUGCAGAUUCAUUGUAUGUCCACGAAAAGCCAGAUUUUGUUCUGCCAAGUGACAAACAAUGGCUACAAGUCUAAUCAGAACAGAUUUCCAGUAGUUCUGUUCCAAAUGAAUUCCAUUCUGGCUGAUCAGUAGUAGUAUAAGUGCACAUUCCUACCUGUAGGUUGUGCCAUGUUCACAUGGUGUGUGUGUGGCUUUGAAUGUUCAUGUUCUUAGAGUACGCUGCCAGGCCUUGAAGCCCUCCUUGGAAAUACUGCUAUCACAUUUGCUAAAGAGUGCACAGCAAAAGCAAAACACUGCAUUCAAAAGAAUACUACUAUACAAGCCACGUACCAAAUUUCUUCAUAUGCAUGUAGUUCUCUUUUGGAAAAUGGCGUGCAACCGCUACCAUAUCGUGGAAAUUCCAUUUCCAUAAUCUGCUUUGGACCUCUUUUUACAAUUUUGCAUUGUUGAUCAUUGCUUAUGAUCUGGCCAAAGUGCUAGGUCAUUAGAGAGCAAUGUUGAUAUCUGCUGUGCUAGCCGGUUUCCACGUUAUCUGCAGGCGUUUCAGCGGUCCAGUAACAUCCUCAGUAGCUGCAGCCAACAACAUACUACUAGCAUUUUCUUAUCGUCUGCCGCUUGCUGUGAUGCAAAGACUGAUGUUAGUUUAGGGUAAGUUACCGUACGCAUUGCUUUUUUUGUGUUUUCGCACUUCAGCGCCGCUGGGAUAAUUUAGCUUAAUUUGUCUUUUUCACGCUUCUACACUUUGGUAAUUAAAGCAUAAGCAACGGUCCGCACUAUAAGAUGGGUUAAUCUGCUUGUUACAUAUGGGGGCUGUUUUUUAGACGGUACAAUUAAAUGCACUAUGCAGUUGAAUAGCCCUAUUAUGUUACAAAAAAAUCACAAAAUUUAACCGGCCUAUUACGUGUAAAAAAGGUAUACCUCAUUAUUUAUUUAUUUUUAUUUGGUAAAUACAUGUACAAUCUCCAGCAUAAGACCCCCCACACCCCCGCCCCGCCCCGUCAUGUGUGUUGUGCACUAGUCGACAGCACUCAGCACCAGCAGGGUCCCUCCCCUGGCCCAAACUUCUCAAAAAGCGCUUUGGCUUUACCUAGUUACCAGUGACACAUAACUGUCACCUUUGUUGUUUUGUUUUCAAUUUGCGCAUAUUGUUAAUAAAAUGUAGAAGAAAAAAAAGUCACCACGGUCGGCUUCAAAAAUUCAGUAAAAUGUUUCUAUACUUUGAUACUUUCUGUUUAGGCAUUGUAGUAACGUGCAAUUGAAAUCAUUAAAAUAAAAAUUCUUAGCUGCUCAAUAAGACAGGAUCUCCAGCCCUUACUGACAAAAUAGAAGAAAAAUCAAGGAGGUGACUGUUUUAAUUUGCUUAACUGCAACAAUUUAAAGCACACAAUGCUCCAUCUAAGGUUUUGGUGGUCUGAAUAAUCAUGUAACUUUCAUUAGCCUCAGUCUGGUCCUUUUUUUUGGCAGCUAAAUCUCAUAGCCAUUUUAGCAGCAGAAGCUGUGUGCAUAAUACACCACACGUAACUCAUCACGUGAUUACUGGUGCGUUCAGUUGUUUAGACAGUACGGUUCAUCAAAGAUAGGAUAAUUGACUCUACUGUAUAUAUACACGGAGCAUCAAAAGAAACUUACCACUUAUAACAUUUAUUUUUGAAAAAAAAGGUAUAUAAAUGAUUGACAUUGAUUAAAUGUUUUUGAUCAUUCCCUUGACCGUGACAUGCUUCAGCGACUAUGACUGGAGCAUAUGCACUUAAUCACCUAAUUAGUGAGACAGUUGAUUGGACACUGGAUAUGGAGUGAUUUCAGCUGUUGAAUUGCAAGCUUGAAUAAAAGCAAUAAAGAAAAAUCAUCCAAUACCCAAUAUGCCACAUCUGUCAAGAGAGCAGCGCCUUCGUGCAGAUCGGCAUGUUGGAGGCUGGUCUAGGGCAGUGUACUGUGGCUUGCCGUCUUGGGUGCUCACAGCCAGCAAUUUCAAACCUGGCGAGAAGGUAUAACCAGGCACACUGUCAAUGACAGGCCACAAACUGGGAGACCAAGAGUCACAACACCUGUCCAAAAUCAACAGAUCACUUUGCAGCAUCUUUGUGAUGUCAAUUGUUAAUCAAGUCACUGCACCUGCUCUAAAACAGAGUUUGCCAUUUUUCAAUCACAUCUAGUGUAUUUUAUCUAAUCAUAAGUGAUACAUUUCUUUUGAUGCUCAGUAUAGUUAAUUUAGGAAAAAUACUGUUGCAAGUAUGGCGCUUAAUUUGUGUACCAAUGCAUAUCUGUAAACUUGAAUACUGUCAGGAAUACCAAAUUGUAAUUAUUUCUCUUUUGUUAUAGUUACCGCAAGUGUCGAUUAAAGAAAGACAUACAAGAAA